UACUGACAACUCACGAGCCUCUGUUAACUCCCCCAUCCCCCUUCAUCUCUCUUAUUCUUCCCUCCAGUAUUUGUAGAUGCUACACAUAUACAUACAAAAAUAGUGUAUCUAGAGGUUUUCUAACAGAUCUUCUAACAAUGGUGGAAAAAAGAAUUCUAGUUCUCAUUUGUGCUCUGUUUUUGGUCAUAAGUAGCAUCAAUGGUGAAGACCCUUAUAGGUUUUUCACUUGGAAAGUCACUUAUGGUGACAUUUAUCCAAUGGGUGUUAAGCAACAGGGGAUAUUGAUAAAUGGGCAGUUUCCAGGACCUCAAAUUAAUUGUGUCACUAAUGAUAACUUGAUUAUUAGUGUCUAUAAUUACUUGAAUGAGCCAUUUCUUCUUUCUUGGAACGGGUUACAACACAGAAGAAACUCAUGGCAAGAUGGUACUUAUGGUACAACUUGUCCGAUCCCACCAGGCAAGAAUUUCACAUACAUGCUUCAAGCCAAGGAUCAAAUCGGUAGCUUCUUCUACUUCCCAUCACUUGGUCUUCAAAAGGCCGCCGGUGGCUAUGGCGGCAUCAAAAUCUACAGCCGCCCUCGGAUUCCGGUCCCAUUUCCUUUCCCUGCUGGAGAUCACACUGUUCUUGCUGGUGAUUGGUACAAAAAAGGCCACCAGAGACUAAGACACAUAUUGGACAUGGGUCGAAGCAUUUCUUCUCCUGACGGACUUGUCAUCAACGGGCGUGGCUGGAAUGGUUACACAUUCGAAGUCGAACAAGGGAAAACAUACAGAUUCAGAAUAUCAAAUGUGGGGUUGACAACAUCUAUCAACUUCAGAAUUCAAGAUCAUACCAUGAAACUUGUAGAGGUUGAAGGAUCACACACACUCCAGAACACCUACGAGUCGCUAGACCUACAUCUCGGACAGUCAGCUUCGGUAUUGGUCACCGCCAACAAGCCCGCGAGAGAUUACUAUGUUGUCGUGUCUUCACGGUUCACUCGUCGUGUGCUCACGACCACAGCUGUCCUCCACUAUAAGAACUCGAGGAUCGGGGUCUCUGGGCCUCCCCCUGGCGGCCCAACCACCCAAAUUGCUUGGUCCGUCAUGCAGGCCCGAAGCAUUAGAUGGAACCUGACCGCGAGUGGACCCAGGCCGAACCCACAAGGCUCGUACCAUUACGGGCUGAUCAAGCCGAGCCGCAUGAUUAUUCUAUCCAACUCGGCUCCUUGGAUCAACGGAAAACAAAGAUAUGCGGUCAACGGCGUGUCGUUUGUUCCCGGAGACACUCCUUUGAAACUAGCUGAUUACUUCAAUAUUGGUGGAGUCUUUAGCGUUGGAAGCAUUCCGGACAAAUCGUCCAACGGCAACGCGUAUCUAGCAACCUCCGUUAUGCAUGCUGAUUUUCGGUCUUUCGCUGAGAUCGUGUUUCAAAACUGGGAGGAUAGCGUUCAAUCGUGGCAUAUUGACGGCUACUCGUUCUUUGUAGUUGGGAUGGAUGGCGGCCAAUGGACCUCGGCUAGUAGAUCGCGCUACAAUUUGAGAGAUACGGUUGCUCGUAGUACUGUUCAGGUGUACCCCAAGGCGUGGACCGCAAUCUAUAUAGCCUUGGACAACAUGGGGAUGUGGAACAUACGGUCGGAGAAUUGGGUGAGGCAGUAUUUGGGGCAGCAGUUUUAUCUUCGGGUGUACUCACCAACGCAUUCGUGGAGGGAUGAGUUGCCAAUCCCAAAGAACGCGCUGCUUUGUGGCCGGGCUAGAGGGCGGCACACGAGGCCGCUAUAAGCGGAGAUAGCGACUGGUUUGGAUUUACCCCGAUUGUGACAAUUGGAGUCUUGUUUUGGAACUUCUUGUUCCACUUGUUGAGUUCAUUUUUCUUGAAAGUUGCUUGCCGUUUGAAGAUGGUCAUGUUGUAAAAUAACAGUCUGAGUUAGUCUUGAAUGGCAGUUGAUGGCCAACAGAAUGAACCUGAUCAUGAAUAAAUGAAAAAAAAUAUUUGACUAA